UUGCCAUGGAAACGUCACCACCUGCUAGUAAACAAACAUAACGUGCUCGGAGUAUGUCAGCUGCGACGUAGAUCAAUUAGGAAUAACAGCUUAUAUUCAACGUUUUUUAAGUGAAAUAUCAAGAUAGAACCACGUGAACAUAUUGUUAUUAACAAUUAUUAGUGAUACUUAUCUGAAGAUGAGCUGCCGAACUCCAUAACGUCUCACAUCUGUUCCGUACCAUUCAACGUUCUUACGUUCAGCGUAAAAUGCAGUCUUGUUAAUUGACCAUGGGUAUGGAGGCGUAUACGGUGGUGGGAAGGAUCGGCGAGGGCGCCCACGGGGUGGUAGUGAGGGCCAGACAUAACCUGACGGGGCAGAUGGUGGCGCUGAAGAAGAUCCCACUGAGGCGGCUGGACCAGGGCAUGCCCACCACCGCCCUUAGGGAAAUCAAGGCUCUCCAAGAGAUCGACUCGAAACACGUUGUGAGGUUGCUGGACGUGUUCGCUGAGGGAGCCGGGUUUGUGUUGGCGGUAGAACUAAUGUUGGGUGACUUGGGAGAGAUGAUCCGCGAUGCUACACGACCUCUGACCUCAGCCCAGGUCAAGGCCUACAUGACCAUGUUGCUCUCGGGGGUCGCCUUCCUUCACGAGCGGAACAUCAUGCACAGGGACCUGAAACCUGCUAACCUGCUGAUCAGCGAGACAGGUCAGCUGAAGAUAGCUGACUUGGGCCUAUGCAGGGUGUUUACCAAGGAUGGCAAGAGACCUUACUCUCAUCAGGUGGCGACCCGCUGGUACCGAGCUCCCGAGUUGCUGUAUGGUGCCCGCCACUACGACGAGGGGGUCGACCUCUGGGCCGUCGGCUGUAUCUUCGGCGAAAUGCUCAACAAUUCUCCUGUCUUCCCGGGAGAGAGCGACAUCGAUCAGCUGUGUGUGGUGCUGCAGAUCCUGGGAACCCCUAGCGAAGCCACCUGGCCUGGCCUGUCCGACCUCCCUGACUACAAGAAGAUCACCUUCCCUGAAUCCAAGCCCAUUCCCUUAGAGCAGGUAUUGCCAGAUGCUCCACCUGAUGCCAUGGAUCUUGUGAAGAAAUUCCUCGUCUAUAGUUCCAGCAAGAGAAUAUCAGCCAGGAAGGCGCUGCUCCACCAGUACUUCUUCACGGCGCCAGUGGCCGCCCCACUCAGCCAGAUGCCUGUGCCGCCCCUGGAGAAGCAGCAACCACCCGCCACUAACGACUACGUCACAGACUUUCCGCUACAUCAGAUCACUGACGUCAUCCAUGAUUAUCUCCACUCACUCUACGUGAAGGGUUAACCUCGUCCUCGUCUACAGUCACCACCACCAUACAUGAAAAGCCGAAUAUCUUUUUUUACCUUUGUCCAUUUCUACCGGCAUCUUUAUAUACACCAAAGGGUAACCUCAACCUUCUAAAAGUGUUACUUUUUUUUACGUAAAAACACUGUUCCAGUAUUUUUGGUAUUAAUUAUUUUGUAACAACAGUUUACUUUAUGGCGGAUUUAAGAGGUUACUGAUUAUAUCGUGAAUUUUAAUUUGGCUAUGGACAAUGUUUGGCGAGCACGUAGCUAACUGAAAAAUGAUAAUAGCCGUGUUUUAAUGACACUUAUCUUCACGGUGUGCUGAACUAUCUACUACUGUUUUGUAUUUAUUCUAUUAUAUAAUGUUUGUUGACGCCGGAAGCGGCUAGUUUAUUUUGCAUCCAUACAAUCCUGUUCUCCAAGCGACAUACAUUUUUGCUGAUGGAUUGGUAUAUUUGCAGUCUAUCGCCGAUUAAUAAUAUUUCUUUGUAAUAAUAGACUAAUAUUGACGUCUUUGGAAUUUACCUUUGUGUGUUUAGCAAUAAUAUUAUUAUUAUUUAUGUGAAGGUUUGGAAGCUAUAUUUAAGGACUUACAAAUUUCACCACCGAAUCGAGUGCUGUGUAUACUGUACUAAUUUAUUCUCAUGGGAACUUUUUAUGUAUUUUACAUGAAUUUUUGUUUAAUAAACUUUAAAAUAUUAAA